AUGUCAGGCCUGGGCCAGGAACUAGCGCCACUGUUGCUGCCACUCCUGCUCGACCCGGGUCCCACAUGGCGCUCAGGCCCCGAGCAAGCUCAUUGCGAGGCAGCGGCAGUUGGCGCGUCGCACCAGCACAAGCACCAGCUGCCCGCAGACCUGCGGCUCCUCACAGCUCUCCUGGCGCCUGCACCCCACGUCGGCAGCAGGCUGGGCCGCGAUGGCAGCCGUGGUGGUGAUGGUUUGGCAGGCGAGCACGGCGGCCUGAUGCGCGCGGCAGCCGCCAAGCUGGCCGCAACCCACUGUCCCGUAACAUGGGAACUGUAUAAUGCAGUGCUGCAAGGCGCCGCAGGCCCCCUCGACGCGUGCAGCGGCUGCGUCUUGGAGGCGGCACCGGGCGGGCAGCUGUGGGCGUGCGGGGUGGCAGCGGCCGUGCUGGAACGCGCGGGCGGCAACCAGGCCGCGGCGACGCCAAGCUUGAAGCAAGCAGAGGGUGGCAACGACGCUCUCCUUGUGGAUUUGGGGCAACCGUUGGUCGCGUUAUUGCCGCUGCGGCUCGCACAGCUGUCCAGGCAGCGCAGCAGCAGCCGUGACGCAGGCGACCAAAGCGGCGCACACUGCGAUGGCGGCGACGGCGGCAGCGCCCGCGCAGACGCGUUGCUGCUAGUGGGCGCCCGCGGCGCGCUGCUCCUGCUGCACGCGGCCCCGCGGCUGCCGGCUGCGCUCGCGCCACUGCUGCGGGUGCUGCACUCGGCGAGCGGCGGCCGCCUGUGCGUCAACGGCCUCGCGACGCACCAGCGGCAGCUGCCGCUGCGGCCGCGUGGGGCGGCGCUCGGGAGCUGCGUCGACGGCGGCGCGUGGCUCGCACUGCUGGGGCGGCGCGGGGAUCUGUACGCGUGUGACCUCUCGACGCUCCGAUGCGACGGCGCGGGGACGCAUGCGGAGCAGGGUCCUCUGCCAGCCAUGCUGGAUCUGAUGCCAGUCCCGCUGCCGGCGCCCGUGCGUGCGCUCUGCGCGGCGGGAGGACAGCGAGGCGCGGUCACCGCAGUCACGGAGGGCGGCGCCGCGCUCGACGUGCGCCUGAGCGACGCGGCGGGGGCGGCGCCGGCGGCCGGCGGCCUCAGACCCCGCGCGGCGCGCGCAUCCGCGCGCGACGUCGCCGCCGCGCUCCGGCGGCUUGCGGCGCUGCGCGCGCGGCUGCAGGAGCAGGGCGUGGCUGCGGACGCAGCGCUGGCAGGGGCGACACAGGAGCUCGGCCUCUUGCGUGGCGGCGCAGACGCAGGGGCCCAGCCGGACGGUCUGUCGGAAGCUGCUCCGCAGCUCAACCCGCCAAGUGCCACAGCGCAAGAGGGUGCACCCCGCGGCGGCUGGGGCGGCUUUGGUGGGCUGCGGGCGCGCCUGGAGCUGGAGCGUGUAUGGUCGGCGCCCGCUGCGGCGUGCGGCGGCAACGGCGGCGCGGCGGCGCUGCACCUCGCAGUGAGCGCGCAGCUGGUCAAUGCGUCUGCGCGGGACGCCCUCGGCCCCGGGUGGCAACUGCUGCUGACCUGGACCCCUGAGUCAUCGCGCCAGCCGUCCUGGCAGGCCGGCGCGCGGCUCGCGCCGCUGCUGCCGGGUGGUUCCUGCCGCAUCUCGCUGCUGCUGCCGCUAGCAGCAAACGGCGCUGGCGUCGGCAGCCAAGGGGGCUGGCUACAACUGCACCUGGUCAAGCCCGCGCCGCCGGGCAGCAGCGGCGGCGCCGCUGGCAGCGCCUGCAUGGAGGGCAAGAGCGGCCACGCCGCGCCUAGUGAGGGUCCUUGUCUCGCCGCAGUUGCGCUGCUCGCGCGGCUGCGGGUAGGGGCGCUGUGGCUCAGGAGCCUCAUAGAGGAGAGCCAGCAUGGCAGCUUCCUGCCAGCUGCCUGCGGCGGCUGGGGCGGCCAAUGGGGCAGGCUGGCCCUCAACUCUUCGUUUGCUGGUGGCUCUUCGGCUGCUGGUGCAGCAGUGAACGCCGACAACAGCCUUCCCUUCCGCUGCCUGAUGCAGCUGAGGCUGCGGGCUGGCAAAGUGGCCGCCUCAAAGCGGCGCAGGCUGGCUCCAGGCGGCGGUGCUAGUGGCAUGGAGGGUGCCGACAGGCAGUGGCAGCAGCACCAGCAGCAGCACCAGCAGCAGCACCACCAGCAGCAGCAACAGCCAGGCGCUGGGACGGGGCCUGACGGCGACGCGGCAGCCCGCGUUGCGGCAUGGCUGGGCCCUGUUUUGAGAGGGCCAGUUGCUAGCUCUCAGCACAGCUUUGCGCCCCUGCCUGCGCUGGACUUUGGCACGGACCGCAGCGGCAGGGGGCGCUUCUGCUUUGGGGGAGGGCGGGACGCCGUGGAAGUCGCCUGGGAGCUGCCCGUCGCACCGCCAGGGGCUCCUGCGGCGCCGCGGCAUGAGCAGCCCGCGGACGCCGCCGUGCUCGUCCGCAUCGCGGCUGCCACGCCACGCGGCGUCGCAGAGGCGCAUGGGCAGGUGGUCGAGGCGCUGCAUGCGCAGUUGCUACCACAUGGCGCCGCGGCGGCGGCGGGCGAUCUCGAUGUGAGCAGCAGCAGAAGUGGCAGCAGUAGGAGCGCCGGAAGUGGUGGCUGCGUGCGAUACGAGGGGUGGGCGCUCGAAUCUGACCGGCCUCGCCUCCAGCAGUCGCUGCGACGCCUGCAGCAGCUGCAGGGCCGUGUGACGCAGCUGCGAGCGCUGCUUGGCGAGGCCCUGCGGCUGCGCGACGCGUGCGACGGCGGCAGCAGCGGCUGCGGCAAAGGCUGCGACGUCGAGGCAGGAGACAUGGGGCGCCUCCUGGCCACGGCGGCGCAGCUGCGCGACGGCGUCGAGCAGGCGUAUGGGCAGAUGCUGCUUGCAAGCACUGAUGCAUUCAGGGUUGUUACGGCAUAG